AGAAGCCUCACGAGAUAACUAAAUCAUUUACAAUUUUCCGAGUUAUGCCGACACCGAGUGGAAAACACAUUAAUUUUAAAUUUCGAACAACGUGUGAAUAAUAAAAUUAGAAAUUUCACGCCGUUACCAUUUCCCAUCUUACGUCACUCUGAAGUGUUCCCCCCAAGCUCGGCAUCCCGUCUCAAGAAGUCGCAACGUCCCUCGCCUCCCUAAAUUUCAUCAUCCAGCGUUCUGUUCACCUCCCACUGCAUCGCUUCCUUCUUUUCCUCUUGUGAAAGUAUAAAGUUUUCUGCCUUUGCAAUAACUUUUCAGUAUCGCAAGGUUGUUGCGGAUUGUCCUCGUUCCUCUCCUCUCCUCUCCGAUUGCUGUCCUUCACUGAACUGUGUCAGUACAAGUUUAAAGUUGUGGAGGAUCAGGAAGUUGUUCCUAUCAGUCUGAGGUAGACCACGCAACAAAGUGGUCACCCUACCGACGUUUGCGUAUUACAGACUUCGUAAUUUCACCUCGUCUGUCUUUCUCUGUCUGCAAAUAACAGAACAUCUGUACCAACAAACAGCGCUGUGCUCCUUAUUCAGUACACAACUGAGCAACGUUUUAAGUACUGCAAAGAAAAAAAAAGCUUAUUUUAUUAUUUCAACAAUUAGAUCAUAAUACUGGGCUUACUGACGUAUUUAAUUACUUUAAAAACUUUUGUGGAUUUACUCACAAACUUUCAACAGUGACAUUUUAAGCUUCAAGAAUUUAAUUUGAACUGCAGAUUUCAUUGUUGUGUUUCCGGUUGUACCUGACAUGACCGGAUGAUAACGAUCACCUGAAAGUGUUGAGAUAAUCUACAGCAAAGUGUGUGUGAUCAAACACAAUUCAAUUUGUGAAAAGACAUUUUUUUAUAACGGUGUUGUUAUUCAUCUAAAACGAAAAUAUAUGCAAAGUUCAAAAUGAAGAAUACGUUUAAAAAUAGAGACGGAAUGGAACUUGGUAGAGUGAAUGUAGCAUAUGAAAAUGAUUUGGGUCAAUUUGACGCACAACAGAAGUUCUCGUCAUCAAAUGAAGUGCCUGCAGUUUCUGCACAGACUGAAAAAGGAAGUUUGGGUGGGAUAGAAAAUUCUAAGGAGGUUUCAGAUGGCCCAGAACGUCAACAGUGGUCAAAUGGAGUCGAGUUCCUCAUGUCGUGCAUUGCCAUGUCAGUCGGCCUGGGAAAUGUUUGGAGGUUUCCCUUCACUGCCUUCAGGAAUGGUGGAGGGGCAUUUCUCAUACCUUACAUCGUGGUAUUGCUUCUUAUUGGCAAGCCGUUGUACUACAUGGAAAUGUCUAUAGGGCAGUUUAUAUCUGGAGGACCUGUAAAGGCAUGGGCAGUUUCACCAGCACUGAAAGGUCUUGGCUUUGGACAGAUGUUUUGCACGGCCCUAGUGCUCACUUACUACUGCUCAUUAAUGGCUCUUACAGUCUUCUAUUUCUUGCAGUCAUUUGCGUCUGAUCUGCCAUGGUCAACCUGUGAUAAAGAAUGGGAUAUGUGCAUUGAUUCAAAAAAAGGAGAUUACAAUAACAGUGGCACUGCAAAUGUCACAGGCUAUAAGAGUUCUUCUGAACUAUACUUUUACAAAUAUGUUUUGAACGAGCCAGACUCCAUAGAAGAUGGCGUGGGAGCCCCAGACUGGCGUCUCACCCUGUGUCUGCUAUUUUCCUGGAUAACAAUUUUUCUGGUUAUUGUACGAGGCGUGAAGAGUUCGGGCAAGGCAGCGUAUUUUCUAGCUCUUUUCCCCUAUGUGGUGAUGAUUACGCUACUGAUUCGGGGCGCUACCCUGCCUGGUGCCAUCGAUGGUAUCCUUUUCUUCAUUACGCCCCAAUGGGACAAGUUGCUGGAUCCCAUAGUGUGGUACAGCGCUGUGACACAGGCCUUCUUUUCACUUGGUAUCUGCUUUGGACCUAUUAUCAUGUAUUCAUCAUAUAAUGACUUUCGCCAUAAUGUCUACAGGGAUGCCAUGAUUGUAACCACACUGGACACAUUUACCAGUCUGCUUGCUGGCUGCACAAUCUUUUCCAUCCUAGGAAACCUGAUGUAUGAACUCAAAAUUAAUGAUAUAGAGAAAGUUGUUCAAGGGGGCACUGGACUCGCUUUUGUGUCGUACCCUGAUGCUAUAGCCAAGUUUGAUGUUGUGCCUCAGUUUUUCUCAGUGGUCUUCUUCUUAAUGCUGUACACCCUAGGGAUUGGCAGUGCUGUGGCCCUCGCAGCAGCUGUCGUCUCUGUAAUCUGUGACCAGUUUCCCCAUUUCAAAUACUGGAUGGUAACUCUAGCCAUCUGUAUCUUUGGAUUUCUUGUUGGACUUGUCUACAUUACACCAGGUGGUCAAUACAUUUUGACUCUGGUAGAUUUUUAUGGUACAAAUUUCACUGUCUUCAUCCUGGGAACAAUUGAAGUGAUUGGAAUUGCAUGGAUUUAUGGUGUGGAUAACUUCUGUAAUGAUGUGGAGUUUAUGGUUGGUAGAAAACUUAGUGCAUACUGGAGACUGAGUUGGGGGAUCAUAACACCAGUUUUGAUGAUUGCCAUCCUUGUAUAUGCCAUAGCUAUCAUGAAACCAGAAACUUAUCAGGACAAAUUCUUCCCAACAUCUGCUUAUGCUUUUGGUUGGAUUCUUUUUGCAUUUGGAGUGAUCCAGUUCCCUGUUUGGGCAUUAAUUGCUAUGAUUAAGAGGAGAGAGGUAAUAAAGUCUGCAUUUCAACCAUCAGAACUAUGGCGUCCACAAAAUGUUAAGGUGUACAAAGAGUGGGUGGAUUUCAAAGAAAAGAGGAGGAGAGAACUUGAAAUUAUUUCAGAAGAUGAAUCACUAUGGCAGAAGUUUGUUCGGGUAUUCUUUGAUUAUUCACCAGCAAGAAGCAGACUCGUUGAAUCCAGCAGUCUACCUGAUAGGUAUUGAUGUGCUAACCACAUCAGGUUUAGUUAUCAGAGUGCUGUGCACUCAUCAGCGGAUGCAUUAUGUACAUAAUUUUUACAUAAAUUAUUGCCAUAUUUCAAGUGUACAAUGUUUCAUAUUUACAUUAUAAUUAAGAUUUAUUUUAAUUAACUCUACAGGUUUUAUAAUUAAUGCCUACUGAAAUUAAAAUAUUUAUUAUUGUAAAAUACACUGUACACAAGAAUUGACUCAAGAACAGAUAACCCAAUUUUAAUUUAAUUUAAAGUUGGGGAGUUUUGUGAAAAAUUGUUGAAUCAUUUCAAAUUUUUUAGCUAGAACAAUUUUAUCAACCUUUAUAUGUAAAACCAAAAAUAAUUUUUGUUUAUCUUAAAUACUUACAAUAAAGAUGCAUGAACUGAUUUUUACAUUGCCAGUUUAAAUAUUAAAAACAAAUUUAAUAAAUGUAUUUUAUAUUUUUUAUACAUUCAUUACAGUGUUAAUCAGUUAAAAUUUAUCUUUAUGAACAAAUGUGAUAUGUGAAGUUUAGUUCAGUUUUUGUCCUCCAUUUGGCACUACCUUACUUUUCCCAGUAUGGUAUUGAUUGUGGUACUUGCAUUUCCAGUGUGAGAACACUAAUUAAAUUAAUUUUUGAGUCAGGAAACUAACCAUUAUUAAAUGAAAUUAACCAGAUUUGUAUUGGUAUGUGCAUACACAUUAGAAGCCAUUACCAAAAACUGCCAUUUCUGAACAUAAAUUACUGACUUAAAACUCAUACUUCACUUACUAUUAAUGUAUUAUAGGUCUCUGUAACUAUGCAUUAUAGACUAAAUAUAUACUUAUUUAAAUUUA